UCCAACCAAACGUUUUAACACAACUCUCUGGUCUCUGCUUGCCCUCUCUGUCUUGAUCUCAUUGUCUCUGCUAUCUCUCUUUAUCUGUGUCUCUGUCUGCGUCUGUGUGUGAUUGUGAAACCAGCAACCAUGGUGGUCAAGAAACCCAGAAUCGUGAUUAUAGGAGCAGGAAUGGCAGGGAUUACAGCUGCCCAUAAGAUCUAUAGUGCCACCGCUGCAACAGAGCUCUUUGAGCUCUGCGUUGUGGAAGGAGGAGACAGGAUUGGUGGGAGAAUUCGCACGUCGGAGUUCUGUGGUGACCGAAUUGAGAUGGGCGCCACCUGGAUCCAUGGCAUCGGUGGAAGCCCAAUUCACAAGAUUGCCCAAGAAAUCCAUGCGUUGGAGUCUGACCAGCCAUGGGAGCGCAUGGACGGUUUCGCUGAAGACCCAUUAACCGUCGGUGAAGGUGGGUUUCAGCUUCAACCCUCUAUCGUUGAACCCAUUUUCGCUCUUUACCGGAAUAUGAUGGAGUUCGCUCAGGGGAUGCUAUUUGAAGCAGAAGCCACUGAUAGCAGCAACAAUGGCGGUGUCGAUGUCGAUUACAAGGCAAUUGCAGCUCGAGCUCUUAAAAUGGGUUCCAAUAAGAAGGGUCUCAGCAUUGGUUCUUUUCUUCGACGGGCCAUCGAAGCUUACUGGGCUUCCGUGAAACGGAGAGAUGAUGUCAAAGGGUACGGCAGUUGGAGCACGAAAAUGCUCCAAGAAGCCAUCUUUGCGAUGCACGAGAACACGGAGAGGACUUAUACUUCGGCAGGGGACCUCUCAACCCUGGACUUCAAUGCCGAGAGCGAAUACCGUGGGUUCCCAGGUGAGGAGAUCACCAUUGCCAAGGGAUACUUGAGCAUUGUAGAGUGGCUAGCGUCUGCACUUCCCACGGGUUUGAUCCAACUGGGUAGGAAGGUGAAGAGGAUCCAGUGGCAGCCCGAAGGUCUUGUGAGGUCGUUGGAGAGGGAGAAUAAAGGGGAUUGCAGCAGCAGGAGGCCUGUGAAGCUCUGUUUCGAUGAUGGUUCAGAAAUGGUGGCCGAUCAUGUCAUAGUCACAGUGUCAUUGGGGGUUCUCAAAGCUGGGAUUCGGGAAGAGUCAGGUAUGUUCAGUCCUCCACUCCCCUCCUUCAAAACCGAAGCGAUUUCAAGACUUGGUUUUGGCGUCGUUAACAAGCUAUUUCUGCAAUUGGAUCGAGAAAGCAAGAAUCUUGAACCGUUUCCCUUCCUGGAAAUGGUGUUCCACCGCUCUAAUUCGGACUCAAGAAACCAGAAGAUCCCCUGGUGGAUGCGGAAGACAGCUUCAAUCUGUCCAAUCUACAAGAACUCUAGUGUUAUCCUCUCUUGGUUUGCCGGAGAAGAAGCUCUGGCGCUCGAGUCACUUAAAGAUGAACAGAUUGUAAACGGAGUGUUGACGACUGUAUCUAGUUUCUUGUCCAAUUCCGAGCCCCAAAACCUUGUUAAUUCACCUGAAUACAGCAACGGGACUGUAAAGUUCACUAGGGUUCUAAAGAGCCAAUGGGGAAGCAAUCCUUUGUUUCUGGGUUCUUACAGUUACGUAGCAGUGGGAUCAAGUGGAGACGAUUUGGAUUUAAUGGCGGUGCCACUGCCAUACAUUAACAACAACAGUGAAUGUGUUGGAGAAGCUUCUCCUCUUCAAAUUCUAUUUGCAGGGGAAGCUACACACAGAACACACUAUUCUACAACCCAUGGAGCAUAUUUAAGUGGGGUAAGAGAAGCUAAUAGACUCCUCCAGCAUUAUCACUGUGGUGGUGGAUUUUCAGAGCUCUUUGUAUCACAGUAGAAUUCUGAAAGGACCCCUCAAGUCUCAAUCUUAGCCCAACACCUUGUGAUAAAAUGAGAAACAAAUAGAGAUGGAUUGGGUAUAAUAAUUAUUUUUUUUUUUUCAAUUAAGGAUGUAUUGAAUGUAUUAAAUUAAAGAACCCUCUUUUCGAUUUUUUUUUU